AUCACAUUUUAAAUUUCAGUGCGCGCUCCUGCACAAACGAAAGAGCCGGAGGAACUGAUAACCCGCUUCUCCGUUAACAGUAGUCCAUCUCUGCCUUAUUAAUCAAUCCUCGGGAAAGUACCACAAUGUCUGAAGAAAAGCCAAAGGAGGGAGUGAAGACGGAGAACGACCACAUUAACCUCAAGGUAGCUGGUCAGGAUGGGUCAGUUGUACAGUUCAAAAUCAAAAGGCAUACUCCGCUCAGUAAACUAAUGAAGGCAUACUGCGAAAGACAGGGAUUGUCAAUUCGUCAGAUAAGGUUUAGGUUUGAUGGACAGCCAAUUAAUGAAACGGAUACACCUGCACAGCUCGAGAUGGAGGAUGAGGACACAAUUGAUGUAUUUCAACAACAGACGGGAGGGGUCUGUUCUUAAGUCGGAUGUGGACUCUUGGAAGAACGUCCACGUCAUUAUUUUCAUGUUGGUUUUCACUUAAAAAUUUUUUUUUUUUUCUUCACUGUGCUUGGUCAGGCUGUUCACAUUGUAAAAGAAAGCAGGAGGUUUUUUGUUAGUGCCAAAAUCUUAACUUUGAGAUGCAGGGUAAUUUUUUUUAAAAGUGUUUUAUUCACAUAAAUGGAUGAUUUGAAAUUGUCCAAGGCAGGGACAUGUCUCAGAUCAGAUAUGGCUUGUAAUGAAAAAACCCACUGCUUUCUUUUGAUGUUGAAAUGGCCUCAUGCAUGUCUCUUAAAACAAGCUGAACUACAUGCCAAAAUCCCCCUUCUUUUUUUCAUUUUAUUUUUUAUUUUUUUUAAGUUUUCCAGAUUGUUCCAGCAAAGAUUUCAGGGUGGGCUCAACGGUUUUAAAUUCAUGUACUUAAUAGGAUUGCUAUGGAGGAAAACUGCUAGAUGGGAGCCUGUGGUUUCUUUCUGUAGAUGGGGAAAGACAUUGAGUUAUAUUUCUCAUGUGAUAAACCUUUUUUAGUGUUCUUUUUCUAAGGAGAAUUCAAAAUAAUGUCCAUGCCCAAGGAAAAAAAAAUGCUUGUGCUGAGAAAGAUCCAUAUGGAUGGUUUACCUCAAUACUCUCACCCUCGACUCAAUGGUAAAUAAGUACAGUAAUGUUUCUGCACCAAAAAGCUAAAUGAAGUGUUCUUUAAUAAAGGUUUGGUUAAUAUAUAAUAUGUAGAUGUAAAGGUUUACUGCCUGUAACAGUGGUCUUUGUUGUCACACAGCAGGACACCAGUUCUCCCGAUGUGUACAUUGAUUUAUUUCCACCUUUUCAGGACUAAAAUAAUUUACUUUUACCAAUCCAGAAAUUUAGUGUUUCAUCUAAGAUUAUAUAUUUCAGUCAAUGUAUAAACUAAUAUGGAGUCAAUGCUGUGUUGCCAAUUUGAAUGUUUGUCCAAACUCUAUCCAAACAGAUGCUUAGUUUGUUUGACUAUUGUGUGUUGGUAGAAAUUUUGCUUUAAAAGAAUGUCCACCUUCAUUUAAAAAAAAAAAAAAAAAAA